UCAUGAUGGCUGCUGAGAACGGACAAACCAACGCUGUCGAGCUGUUGGUGAGCAGUGCCAAAGCAGAGCUCACCCUGCAGGAUGCAGUCAAGAACACUGCUCUUCAUCUGGCCUGCAGUAAGGGGCAUGAAACCAGUGCCUUGUUGAUAUUGGAGAAGAUUACAGACAGGAACCUCAUCAACUCGACUAACGCAGCCUUACAGACGCCGUUACACGUUGCAGCCAGAAAUGGUCUGACGGUGGUGGUUCAGGAGCUACUGGUGAAGGGUGCUAGCGUGUACAUCUUUGAAAGGGUGGUUUGAUGAAAUGUUUGGUAA